UUUCCCUUCCCCACUUUAUAUCCGAAAGGACCGAAACCAAAGGAAAGCAAUAAACAUAACAGAAGGAGGAGAGUGGAGACCAUGCUCUCCCUCUAUUACUACUCUUCUUGCUCAUUUUCUUCUUCUUCAAAACUAUUUCAAACCUCACCUUCUCUCUUCUCCUUCUCCUCUCGAAACCCUAGAAUUCAUUCUAAGUUUUUGAGAACCUUCACAGCCAUUCCUGCUGCUCCAAACUCUGAUGAAGGCCAACAAUCCCUCGCCGGCCGGCGAGCCAAUUACGGCGGAGUCAAUCUGGAAGAGACGGUGGAUAUCAACUCAGGAAAGCUCAGGCUUGAUUCUUGGAUUUCUUCUCGCAUUACCGGCAUCAGUAGAGCUCGCGUCCAGUCCAGUAUUCGCUCCGGCCUCGUCUCUGUCAAUGGCCGCAUUGUCGACAAGGUGUCACACAAUGUCAAAGCUGGAGAUAUGGUAAAUUGCACUAUUUCAGAGUUGCAACCCUUGAGGGCUGAGCCAGAAAACAUACCUUUGGAUAUAGUUUUUGAAGAUGAGCAUGUACUAGUCGUUAACAAGCCUGCACACAUGGUUGUGCAUCCAGCACCCGGGAAUGCUUCUGGCACACUUGUUAAUGGCAUUCUUCAUCAUUGCAGUCUUCCAUUUGCUGCAUUUUCAAAUGAGGAAAUUCUUUCUGAUGCUGAGGAUAUUUCUGAUGAUGAUUUGAGUAUUGAUAAAAGUCCUAACGAGUUAAAUUUUAGCAUAAGUGGGGCAUCUAUUCGCCCAGGGAUUGUUCACAGAUUGGACAAAGGCACUAGUGGAUUACUUGUUGUUGCAAAGGAUGAACACUCACAUGCCCAUUUAUCUGAACAAUUUAAGCUACACACUAUCCAAAGAGUAUACAUCAGUCUUACUUCUGGAAUUCCAUCUCCAAUUGCUGGACGUGUUGAGGUGCCAAUUGGUCGUGAUGUAAAUAAUCGGAUUCGUAUGGCUGCUAUACCUGGAUCAAACAACUGUAGACAGGCCCGCCAUGCUGCUAGUAGGUACAAAGUAAUAGAAAUACUUGCUGCCGGUGGUUCUGCAUUGGUUGAGUGGAGAUUAGAAACUGGACGCACUCAUCAGAUACGUGCGCAUGCAAAGUACUUGGGAAUUCCUCUUUUAGGUGAUGAGGUGUAUGGAGGGACCAAGAGCAUGGCCUUGUCACUGCUUCGGCCUAGAACUGCAGCAAGCCAUCAUGGGCAACUUUUGCAACUGGUUUCUGGAUUGGAAAGGCCUUGCCUCCAUGCUUUGGCCCUUGGGUUUAGGCACCCACACACGAUGGAGAAUGUGUACUUUUCAUGCCCUCCACCUGCAGAUUUUGCUGAAAUCCUGAGCCAACUUCGUAGAAUGGACUUGUUGGCUUAGCAACACAAAAUCCAUCCUAAACAAAUGAUCUUAUUGAUUGGUUAACAUUGCCCAUUGUAGACCUUUCUAAUUAUCAAUCAUUUGAUGUGCAGCCUUCAUUUAAGGAAUGAUUGAAUUAGAUUAAGCAAGCUCACAAUGUAAAGACUGCCCAGAACCGGAACUGAAUAGCCAACUUGGGAUUGGCAUAUGCUUAUAGCAUGCUGGUGAAGGCAAUGGCAAAGAAGACAUCGGCUAAGUAAACCAUGUGCAUUUCCAAUACCUGAUGCUUCGGCAGCCUUUUGUGGAUGAUAUGGCUCAAUAAUUAAAAAUGAAGAUCUAAAGUUCUAGUGGUCGCUCCCCAGUUGCAGUGAAGUUGGAAUUUUUAGGAUGUCUUACGUAACAAAUCUGUGAUUUUUUUCUUCAUUCUUUUUAAAACCCCGACUAGAGCCAGUAAUUGUACUGUUAUAACACUGUAUGAUCCUUUUAUGCUUAUUUAUCUUCAUAAAUGUCAUCCAUACCAACAACCAUAAGAAUUCUUUUGUUGUAUGAAUGUUUAUGUAUAAAAAUUGCUCUCUUUAAA